AUGGGGAGCAGCCGCUCUCCCCAAAUCAGCUCAUUCAAAUCAUCGACAAACUUGUCCGAAAUCGUAUCUCUUCCAUACGAGGCGUUAGGAGAUACAACUUACGAUGAUGCACUCCAACUUUGAAAUAAAUCUUCCUUCGUUUCUUUACCAACCGUUACCAUAAAAUCGCCAACUCCCAUCCGGAGCAUUCACCGCCGUCGGAUAGAUCCCUUCCAAUUCCGUCUCUUCGAUGAACCACCGUUGAGAAGUCAAUCCACUGCAACCGUCCACCAAUCUCCGCCGAGAAUAGAUCCCUCUCGACGAUUCCUCCACACUCCCAAAACCGCGAAAUGGAAUUUCAAUCUCCGCCGUCAGAGACCAUCGAUUGAUGAUAACGCCAUUGGAUCAUCGUCUGUGAGAUUUGGAUCUGACGAUGGAAUUGGCUCGUCGAUGGGAGUGAUAUUGGCGGUAGAAGGAAGCUCGUCGAUUGAUGAUGACGCCAUUGGAACAGGCAAAAGAAACAUAGCGAGCGAGAGGGAGAGAGAGAAAGGGAGAUACAAGAAUCGUAAUCGUUGCUGUACACAAGUCCGUAAAUGA